AUGCCCGCCGAGCACGCAUACAAGCGGCCCUUGUUCCCCGCGCUCACGGCCUACCUUGCAAAGGCCGCGGGGGAGUUCCGCGACGCACCGCGCGCGGCCAUCGCAACGCCGCGGACCGUCACGAAAAUCGUGCUGCCGCUCGGGCACGGCGAACUCGUCGUCGCCUUGGCGGGGGAGCGGCGGCGCGCGAGAUGGGCACGGCUGCAGGCGGAGCGCAUGCACGAAAUUCGUGCGUUCGUGGGGCAGAGGGACUACGUGCUCCCGGGCGGCGUGCCGCUGGAUGUACGCCAGGGGAAGCAUGCGCGCUGGUUGGAGAGGCGCGCAGAAGAGCGGAGACAGGACGCAAGGGAGGUCGUGGAGAGGCGCGUCGGGGGUUUGGAAGCGGGGAGUGAGGAGCUCAGGAGGGUGUGUGGGAGGGGGAUUCGCGCUGACCGAAGGGGGUAUGUCCAGUUUUUGGCGCGUGCGAGGGAGGGUUUUGACUGCGGGAUGCCGGGGUUGCUGAGCAUGGGAGGAAAGGGCGUCGCUGUGGGGGACACGUUCGAGGAGGUGCGGAAGCGGUACGCCGGGCGACCGGACGAGCUGUAUCGGCGCAAAACGGCGCGCCGGUUUGCGCGGUGGCGGCGGCAGAAGUUGGAGCGGGAGGCGGAGCUGUCGCGGACUGCGUCGCGCGCAGAGAGUGAGAUGAAGAGGCGCCGUGGGUACGAUCACCUGCUCACGGACCGCAGGGCUGGGGACUCGUCGUUUGCGCCGUUCUUGUAUGAGUUGGAAGGGAAUGCGUACGCGUUUUCGUCCAAGAUUACCGAGGCGCCCAAGCUGAGAAAGGUCAUGAUUGAUAAGUACUCGGCGCGGGAUGGGGCGACAGUGACAGAUGGAUGGGAGAGGGCGCAGCAGGUUGCUGAACAGAAUCCCCUAUUUCAUACUAGGGUGAUGAACCGGUUCACUUAG